UUCAAAAAAAAAAAAAAAAAAAAAGGUAGCCACCUCCUCCUUUUUUUACCACACUUUGGAACUUCAGAGCACCGACAGGUCGUCCAGCAGCCAACAACAUGACGGAGUCCGCAGAAGCCGUGGCCGCUGAUGUGGAGAGCAGGAGGAGCGUGACCAUCGAGAUCACUAAUUUGACCAACAACUACUGCCUCAUUAACCCCAAGGUCUACCUGGACAACGGCGAGGUGUACAACCCUCCUCAACCCACGGUGCGCCCCCUGAAGGUGGAGGUGUGCACCUUCACCAAGUCCAGCGGCAAAGCCACGGGCGCCGUGGGCGUGCUGACCUACGACCUUUACGAGCGCUCGCAGAAGGACUACAUCGAGACUAUGGCCAUCAUGUUCUCGGUGCCCUGGGACUACAACUUUUACAAGAACUGGUUCGCCGUGGGCAUCUCCAAGAAGGGGCUGGAGUGCGACAAGAACUUGUUCAAGCUGAUGUACAACGAGAAGAAGCAACGGGAGAACGGCUUCGUGCGCGAAGAGGCCACGGGCACGGGUAUCAAUUUCGUGGGGAGUUACUUGGAUCUGAAAGCCACCAUGUGUCCCUUGGGCAAGGCCAUCAUGAAGGUGGAGGUGUGGGAUAAGUUGUUCACCGCCAUGGGCCAGCAAGCCUACUAGACGCCAUGCAUGGUUUCGGACAGGGGUCACCAACCUUUUUGAAACCAGGAGCUACUUCUUGGGUACUGAUUAAUGCCAAGGGCUACCAGUUUGAUACACACUUAAAAAAAUUGCCAGAAAUAGCCAAUUUGCUCAAUUUACCUUUAAUAAAUAAAUCUGUAUAUAUGAAAAA